UCUCCACAGCAAGUCGGCGAACUCCCCCAUUACUCCUUCCUUGCCUCCAUCAAACAAAUCUCCUAAACCAUCCAAGCUCAGAAAAGCCUCAGCGAAUCGCAAACCGCGCCUCCGCUCCUUCUCAAUAACAUGCCAGUUCCACUCCUGAACCUCGUUGUCGUCCGCUUCCACAAACUCAUCGUCUUCCUUGUAGAUCCAUCCUUCAGGCUUCUCGGGGACCAUGUCUGCCUCAAAUAGUACCUGUUCGGCAGGAACCGUGAUUCUGCCUUUCUUGAUAACGUACUUUGCGAUGGCUGUAGCGUACACGGCUUUGGACAGAUCUUCCUGGCUUCUUCCCUUAUUGCCCUUGACUGUCCGCCACGGUUGUAGGGUAAAGGAAGACGCCUGCCCAAAGCCUGGCUUCACAAUCCAGGUGACCAGAUAGAACCAUUUGCGAUCCCAGGCAAUCAUAUGGCCUCCAUCAGUAUUUUCGGCAGCUCGGGGCCAUACGCCUAGACUACCAAAUAGCUUGCCGAUGGGACCACGCUUGGCUUGUUGCUCAAUGUGGCGCUGCCGAGCAGCUUUGAGAAUAGCGUUGCGCACGAUGGCUGU